GGGGGGGAGAGGCCAGGUGAGACAAGAAGGCAGGUGUUUGAGAGACUCACAUUCGUAGAAACACCUGCUGACAGUCAACUCGCUCCAUCAGUUCUCGUUUGCCUAGUGUCCGUAAGCCUCAUUCCCUCCGGAGCCUUGUCGUCGCUCCCAACACUGUGUGCUUUCCGGCCAAACACAACACAAUCUUGGCGUGUUCGUGUGAGACAGGGAUCAUCUUGGGUCAAUUACGCAGAAAAUAUCAGGGUGGUGCGUGUUGGGUGUGCGAGGGAAGGUGGUGGUUCUUUUCAGAAGUCAGUGUGUGGGCGGCCACCUCGAGGGUUGCAAGGGGAAUACGAGCUCGUGUCUCUCGUCCCAGGAGGAGAUAACUACGAUAUACACAAUUCGGCGCGUUUCUUGAGGAUGAAGAUAUUACUGAUAAAAAAAAGUUAGUAAGCGAGUGGAGUGUCUGAGGUGGGAGGAAGCUACAUGCAGCACGAGGCAGCAAGUGUUAUAUGAACCUCGUUAUUACCAAGUUAAUUCAUGACGGUGUGUCGGUACUUUAGAUCGUAUCAGGCAGAAGAGUGAGAGGGCAGCGCCGCGGCUGUGUGUAGUGCCUCGCAGUGGUCAGGAGACACCAGUAAACACGAAGUUCUCGACGUGCAGUGGUUACCGUUGCUCACUUUGCGCUGCAUUGUCAAGGUCGUGGCAGAACAUGUAGGCAGUGCGCGUGAUGAUGUCCAGUGCUAAAUCUGUGAGAUCUGACAUCAUCUGCGCCAUCAACCGAGACGACAGCCGGAGAAUACUGGGAAGAACUACCACGCCACUCGUCCCCAACGGCCCAUCUCACCUGCUCGAUGACACCGCAGGCUCAUUGAAGGAGUCUAACAGGAUGUCCGGGACCUCACUUUUGAGGAACCCAAGUCAGACCUUCUUCAAGAAGGAAGUUCUUCCUUCUUCAUCAGACAUAACGGUGGAAGACGGACACCUGCAGAUAAUCAAGCCCUUCGAGCCUGCCUCCGAGGAGGGAGACAAGCCUUGGCAAGAUGAAGCAGCGCCAGUGAAAGAAUCCUCCCUUAAUGACGACGAAAACUUAACACAGCAUCAAGAACCCGGUGCAGAGAACAGUGACGACAAAGGUUCCGAGAAAAGCGACUCGGGCAGAAGCGACAGUGGGUCACUGGAUACAGGCCCCAACUUGAGUCUUGAAACUCAGCCUGUUGACCCGUCUUCACCGCCAACGAUUCCAGAGGACAAGGACGUGACGACUGCUGCUGCGGGCGAGUUGCCGACCCGCAGUCCAAACGAGGCUGAAUGCUUUUCGGUAACCAGCAGCAACAUAGACUUUGAACUAGAAAUUUCUGAAAGGCAUCUCCUAGAGAAGCUGAGGAGGCUUCUCAAGGAAGCGAGGAAAAAGACGUCGAGGGGGAGGGUGAUGUCUCUGCUGCCGUCAAGGAAGGAGAGGAAGAGAGGGAACAGAAAAGAAGGUCCAAGGAGGACCCUCCGCACCCACAGCAAGGACGGAAAGGAAUCCGAGGGCCACCAGCUGCCCUCCGUGCUGCGGUCCAAGGAGGGCGGGCGGGCACGCUCCUCAUCCGUGGGCCACAAGGUGAGGUUCACCAGCCAGUGCAGCUUGGGAGAGUCUGACAACGACCCAGCCAGCGGCGUUCAGGACGAUUCUCGCGCCUCACGCAGACAAGGCCGCCGCCACAGGAGCAAGGUUCACCGAUCAGCCAGCGUGACGGGCAUGGACGACGAGGAGAGGGAUGCUGCAACCACGCGGCGGGAGUACCACACGCUGCUUCGGGAGAUCCAGGCACUCAUGAGCGAGGUGCAGCGGCAGAGAAAUGACUUCCGGAGCGAGCUGCGUUCCCUCACAUCCACCAUCAUCCGCCGCCACAACUCCACCUCGGCCAGGCCUUGCGUGUGCUCCGCCCCAAGGAAGACCUCCCGCCUUCCCGUCAUGAUGUCAGAACAGGACGCCGCUAAAGAGGUGAAGAAGGCAGAGAAGGCGAAGGAGGAGAUGCCCAAGGAAGAGGUGAAGGAGGACAAGAAGGAGGAGCGUGAGGAGGGAAGAGUGAGCAGGGCGUCGGCAGGAACCAGCACGCCGGAGCCCAAACCUGAGGAAAACGGCGAUGACUCAGGCACGCCCAAAUCCAUCACGUUGAAGGAACAAUUUCGCAACUUUAGCAAAUUUGGAGACACGAAGAGCGACGGGAAGAUGCUGACCUUGUCCCAGUCUGACAAGUGGUUCAAGCAAGCUAAGGUGAUCGACGGCAAGUCUAUCACCACCACCGACACCGCCAUCACUUUCAACAAAUUCAAGACUAAGAAAAUCACAUUCACGGAAUUUGAGAAGUACCUGGACGAAAUCUCGAAAUCUAAGAAAGUGGACGCGGGAACAAUCAGGACCAAGCUAAAGGAUUGCGGGGCGCCGGGCACGUCUGGCACCACGAGUGUGGUGAAGAGCAGCGCCGUGGAUCGCCUCACAGACACCAAGAAGUUCACAGGCUCCCACAAGCUCCGAUUUGACGCCACUGGCAGAGGCAAGGGAAUCGCCGGAAGGAAGGACGUACAAGAUGGCUCUGGUUACGUCAGCGGGUACAAAAACAAGAAUACGUAUGACAAAACGCACUAAAAUCCUGUUUUACCUCCACCGCCACACUGUGCUGUUCCUGGGACUGGGAGCAAGCGGUCCACGAGUUGAAGAACUCGGUCUCGAUUGUUUCAGGUAUCACGGAAGACUUGCGAAGAGCCACAAAAAAUAAUCUAUUGUUCUAUGAGUAAUGUGACUAUUUUAUUGAUAGAAUUUUAAUUUUAAUCACUGAAACUAAAUAUUUGAAGAUUCUAAUUCUAUAUCAUUAACUUAACGUGGAUGUACAGUCAUUUAUCGAUGAAAUAUUGUCAUUAGCGUUCAUCUCCCUCAAUUUGCAUAUAACUCUUCUGAGAAUCGGUCUCAUUUCAAGAACAGAAUGACAAGUAUACCUAUUGAGUGCAGGAAACACAGUUUUAGAGUAGAAACAGUAGUUACCUAACGAAAUACUGUAAUUGCAUGGAUGGCCGACCAUGCCAGGCUCGAAAUCAGUAGUUGUGUCAAAUCGAGGCACAUUUCCUUUGUUUACAUUCUUCAGCUUAAUCUAUUUUAUAGUUAGAUAUAUGCUAGCAAACAAUUUAGAAGUCCUAUGUAAUAUUACAUUGCAUUGUCUGUAGUUUCAGUGAUUAAACCCAUGCACGGUCAAUCAAGUUACAUUCUCCCGGGAUGGGCUAACAAAAAGCAUUGGAAAGUCAUUAUUAGCAAUGUAAAUACUCUUUCCAGAGGUACUAGUGAGACCAGAGACUCAUCAGGGUUUUAUGUACAACUAUAUAUUACAUACUAUUCUUUAUUUUCUUUUUCUUAUCACAAUACUGAGAGAAAAUAAGCUAGAUUAGGAAUGAAUCUACUUUAAGCAUUCAGCAAACAAAAUAUGCUACAGUUAAAGACCAGCAGAAAAAGGUCAUGCAUGUUGUCUGGUAACUUCUGCUUGGUGUCUGCCAAGACUUGGUGCCUACUGGAACUCCUUCAAGAUUUAUCUUAGCAAUAGUGUUAUUGGUGGACAUUCUCAAUUAACAACAACAAAAAAAAAAAAAAACCCUUCAUAUGUUGGGGAAAAAUUUCUGGAAUGUGAUGUACUGCUCGUACUGUAGUCUAGUACUUAACUACAAUGCUUCAGUGUUCAUAGACGUCUCUGUACAGUGUCUUGUGUAUCUAAGAUGUGCACAAACUCCUGCACACAUUACAGUAUAUAUAUUGGCUUUGAUUACAUUUUAUCAUGACUUUUUAAACCAAGUUAGAGAGAGAGAGAGAGAGAGAGAGAGAGAGAGAGAGAGAGAGAGAGAGAACACAACAUUUAUUAUAUUCUAAACUUACUUUGAAUGCAGGGAGGAUAUUCUUUAAAUGAUCUUGUAUACCAAAACAUUUAUCAAGAGGCAAAUAAUAAUGUUUUUUGAGUAAACUGCUUGAGAUGAUUAUACACAUGAUUUUGCCAGUAUACUGCUGCAUCCCAUGUUAAGACAAUUACUUCUCAGAAAUCAUUGGUUCACUGAAAAGGUAAUAAAAAGACAUUUGAAGUAAACUUUACGGAAUCUAAGCUUUUUGCACAAGGCUUUUAUAUAUAUUUUUUGUAUUGCCGUAUAAAUAUCAAACUCAACAUCUACACCACUAACUCAGAAACUGGGACGCUGCCUCUCAACACAGAAACUGCCGCUCAUACAAUGAUAUUAAUGUUUCCUGCGUUACCUGGUUGAUUCGUACAAUACACAUGCAUCUGCACCUGCUCAGAUGGUCAUGGCAACUAUGGAAACUUCAGAAGUUCCCAUAGUUGUAGAACCAACAAUAUGAAACAUAUUUUUUAUAUAUUUCAUGAUUUUUGGCAUAUUCAUGUACUACAAGUAUAUUUUUGUUGAACUUGUGGCCUUAAUGAUACAUACAAAACUCUGUUCAUUCUGCUCAGCCUUGCAAAAUUGAAUGGCUAGAUAACUUUUACAUUUCAGUAGACCACAAACAAUGAAAACAUGGGUAGCUAUAUGACAUCAUUACAGCUCUUUUGCUAUAAUUGUUUUUGUAACUGCUUUAUGCUGAAGGUAAACACCUAGUGUGCUGUAAAGUAGAUGAUAUGGCCAAAAAAGAGUGACUGUGUGAGUGUCUUUCCUAUGGGGUGUACAUCUCAGCAAAACUUUUGGGUGGACGCCUUAUUCUCUUCUCAGUUGACUUUCUGCAUCAAGUUUGUCAUAUAAAUAAAACAGCAGAAAUUACAAAUAUAAAUGUGAUAUGUAUUUGAUCUCAUUUAAGGUGACAUUGAAUUUCCUCCAUAUGUUGUUUACAUCUAGCUGCACUGCCACUUACUUUCUGAUAGCAAUAUAUUAAUAAAGACAUCAAAGGCACAUUAAUUUAUCAUUAUCAUAAUAGCAUAUGAAUCAUUAAAGAAAUCAGGUACAGCAACACUAAUUCAUGAAAAAAAGCACAUACAUGUAGGAAAUUACUAUCUGAAUCACUUCUGCCAACAGAGAACCAUUCCAUUUUACUUCUACAAAAUCAUAUUUAAUUUACUUCAUACUGUACUGGUGGUGCUCCUCUAGAUGCAAAACAUAAGUGAUUUUCCUUCACACACACAGAAAAAGACUUUCCUUUUCAAAAAAAACUUAGACAUGAGCACAGUGGCAGUAGUAAAAAAGAAAAAAAAAAGGAGCACAAAACAAUUUUAUAUACCUGUAAGCAAAUAUAGAGCUGUAAACAAGCUGUAGCAAUCUUUCCACAGAGAAGGGAGUUCCUUUUCUUCUGAAUUGUGGAAAUUGUGUUCUGUUUAUCGCUUGAAGGGUUGUGUGAGACAUGGUUGGCUGUAUGACUGAAACCACCAAUAUGUUUCGUAUUUUUGCACGUAGUCCACUCAGCCAACUCAUGUCACUUUAGAAUGUUAUGUUCAUGUGUCAAAACAUUACUAUGAAGAAACUAGUAUUUAUACAUUUAUCACCAAAAUGUAAAAUAAAUAUUAAUUCUUC